AAGGUGCCGAGGCAGACGGUGACGUCAGCCGACCGGCCGAGACUGGUGACAUAUCCACACGCUAAAGCGAAAACAUCAGUCUUCGUCGACGAAAACCUUGCCGAUUUCACCCGUUUUUAGAAUGUAAAAAGGCUGUCCUCAUCAGUAGCCUACGACCCAAACAUAUCCAGGCGUCUGUGCGGCAGGCAUGAUGCAAGACUUCAGGAACUUUGACCCCCAGCGGCUCGAGAGAUUGGAGGCGCGAUUCAAGGGGACUCGGAGCCAGCCACCGAUUGUCAUCGACGACGAUUCGAGUCAAAGCGCGGGCAGCCACAGUCCGCAAACAGAGGAUGAUAUUCAGGCAUUGCGGGCAGCUACGACUGGAACACCAGAGAGGAAGGACAGGAGAAGGAAACGGAAACUACCAGAAAAUCACGAUCAGAAUUCUGGCGGAGGUCACGGUCACAAUGCAAAGAAGAUCAGCGAGUAUUUCAAGACGACGGGAAACAGCCCCGGCCGAGCUCAGAACCCUGUCCUAUUGCCAAGAUCUCCCUCCGCCUCUCAGUCAGUGUAUCCUCCGUCCCCAUCCGGCAGCUCAAACCACGUGGAUUUGUCCACCAUGUCCUACCCACCAUCGCAGAUGCCGCGCAGGGAAACGGCCACAUGCGCCACUCAGACCAUCAUGACAAUGGAAGAUAUCUACAGCUUGGAAGGGAAAGUAACCAGCGGUAUCAGGGAAUCACAGACGGCUAUCCAGUCAUUAAAACAGACUCAUUCAGAAGCACAGAGGCAGCUGGAAGUCCUGCAGAAACAGAUGGCCAAGGGCAUGAGCAUGACGAAGAAGUUACUCAUUGAGAAGUCGGACAUCGACAUGAAGGAGGCGCGGCGGAAAAGCAUGGAGAAUCGGCUAAGACUGGGCCAGUUCACCACCAAGAGGCAAGGGGCACAGUUUGUGGAGACCUGGCAAGAUGGUUACGCAUUCACAGAUCUCAUCAAACAACAAGAAAGGCUAAGCAAAGAAAAGGAAGAGAUCGAGCACCAACGGAAACUCCUGACCAAGAAGAAGCCGCCCACGCCCCAGUCGGCCACGGCCAAGGCCAGCAAGGCCAAGGCGGCCAUGGCCAACGGGCCCGACGACGUCUUUGCCAAACCCUUAGCCGAGCCGGCCAUGACGCCACUCGAGUAUUACGAGAGAGACGAGAUCUUCAAACUCAGAUUAGCAUCGCUACGAAAGGAGGAGGCUGAUCUACAAUCAGAGUUGGAGAAGCUAGAGCGAGAGCGCAACGUGCAUAUACGGGAGCUGAAGAGAAUCCACAACGAGGAUCAGUCACGGUUCAACCAGCACCAGACACUCAACAAUCACUACCUGCUGCUGGGACUGCUUGGCAAAGGGGGCUUCAGUGAAGUACAUAAAGGUUUUGAUUUGAAGGAGCAAAGAUACGUUGCCUGUAAGAUACAUCAACUCAACAAGGAAUGGAAGGAGGAUAAGAAAGCUAACUAUAUCAAACAUGCACUUAGGGAAUAUGAAAUUCACAAAAGCUUGGAUCAUCAAAGAGUCGUCAAGCUUUACGAUGUCUUUGAAAUCGACUCAAAUUCAUUUUGCACAGUGUUGGAAUACUGCCCAGGCAACGAUCUCGACUUCUACCUGAAGCAGCACAAGAUCAUAGGGGAGAGGGAGGCACGCUCCAUCAUGAUGCAAACCAUAUCAGCUCUGAAAUACCUCAAUGAGAGAAAGCCACCAGUCAUACACUACGACCUCAAACCAGGUAAUAUUCUUCUAAGUUCGGGUAACGUCAGCGGUGAAAUCAAGAUCACCGACUUCGGCCUGUCCAAGAUCAUGGACGAUGACCAUUUCAACUCACAGGAAGGCGGGAUGGACCUGACAUCACAAGGGGCGGGGACAUACUGGUAUCUGCCACCAGAGUGUUUCCAAGUCGGCCAGGAACCACCUAAGAUAUCCUCCAAGGUAGACGUAUGGUCUGUAGGCAUCAUCUUCUACCAGUGUCUGUAUGGAAAGAAGCCCUUCGGUCACAAUCUCUCCCAGGCGUCGAUCCUGGAACAGAAGACAAUUCUCAAAGCCACCCAGGUUCAGUUCCCAACCAAGCCAGUCGUCAGCUCAGAGGCAAAGGACUUUAUCCGGCAGUGCCUAGUCUACCAGAAGGAAGACCGGGUGGACGUCCUGACCCUAGCCAAACAACCUUACCUUCUACCCGUCGGCGGACGGAAAAACCUAGCUGCCAACAACAGCAUAGCCACAGCAAACAGCGUCAGUAGUUCCAGUGUAGCCGUUAGUUCUUCAAGCACGACAAGUCUGGAAACGGGAUCCCAGUAACGGACGAUGUUUCGGCCAGCAGUUUUCUAGUUCUUCUCCAACAGUUACCUUUUCCUGAUAUCGACUUGGCUCUCCCCGGAACCAAAUUGUGUGUUCAGUCAUGCGGACAUCACUAGAGCGUGAAAAAUUAACCACAACUUUCAACUCACUUUUUUCAACCUAGAUUUUCAGAGGAGUGAUCAAAGUUUUAAAAAAAUUAGCGUAAAGUUUGUCCCUUGAACAUCACUCUUUCAUGUGAUUUAAAAAUCAAGGCCAUAUGUGCAACAAUAAGAAAGGUAUGCCUGUAUUUUUAAAAUUGGUCCCGUGCAUCAAACUGCAAGCCAUUUCACCACAAGACCAAAUGGCACUCCAUACCUCAAACUAAGCAUAGAUACUUCUCAGACAGUAACUUUCCUAAAUGUGUUCUGAAAUUGCCUCAGAAUGCAGGAGAAAGCGUCGUAGAUUUCAAAAUUAUCCGUGGGGGACCUGCUUGAGACGCCUUAACUCAACCCCCCCUCCUAUCAACCCCUGGUUUCCUGAAAGCUAGAUCUGCCCCUGGUGGUGUUAAUUCUGGAGUAAGUUCUUGUUUUGCCAAGUUUCAAAGUUGGGAAAAAAUCCACCUCACAUUUUAGAUUUGGGAAUUCUGUGGAUGUCAUGUGGUUGUGCAGUUAUCUAGGUUUACCUGUGAGUAGAAUUUGCAGUGAUCUCACAGCCUUGAUAAUUGUUUUCUUUCUUCGAGUGUGAGCAUGUACUGUAUAUGGUUGGGUGUUCCAGUCGAGAGAAUUCCACCAAAGUCAAAACUUCCCCGUUGAAGGAUAGAGGCAUUUUCCUAUUAUUAACUUAAAAAAAGCAAUAGACAAAGUAAUGACAACCUCCAUGUUGUUUCCAUAUUCUCAUGCAGCGAUGCAUUGUUCGUUUGUGCUUGAUUUACACGUGCACUGGUAUGCGGUUUGCCAUGUUGUGUCCAGCUGUUUUGGACCCCCAUGUCGUGACCUCAUUGUAAGGCUUAGGCUGUGUUUACUGUUUAUUAUAUGUGGGUAUGUAUUCAGAUGGAUGUUCACAUUAAUGUAUUUAUAUUGCUGACGUUACAUUCUGUUGCGCCUUCUCACUUGCAUAAUGAAAAAUAUAAGCCCAUCAUACUCAUUCUAAAGAGUCAAAUAACCAAUGCAACACGCCAGUAUAUUUCCAAACAGUUCACAAUCUUCCUGCAAGUUAUUGUUAAACAACUGCAUUGCAUAUCUCCAUUAAUAUUAACAGUUAUCAAGAACCUUGAAAUCGUCACGAAAUGUACCCAACUUCAGUAGUACUGCAAAAAAAAAUAAUAAUAAAAACACUGCAAUGUUGCAAAUAAUUCAUACAGUUGUAUUUUUAUCGUAUUUGUCUGGUUAACCAAAAGAAGUAUGGUUCUUGCAGCUUGUUCAAUAUCCAAUUUAACCAGUUGAGGUCGGGUUUAUUUUGACAAGAACGGACCGAGGCACGUAUUUAAUAUUCACUUGACCGCACUGCCAGGCAGGUCAAAGCCAUUACCCUGGGACUGCAGAGUCAUUUUUCUGGCCUCGGUCAGUGGCUGUGGCUGGCUGACAGAUAUUUUCCAGCCUCUGUCGUUGCGGGUUUUUCAGUCUUCCGAUCUGACUUUUGGGAAAACUUUUGCGAACUGGUUAAAAAUUGUGACUUCCCAUCACCAAAUAUUUGCCAAAUCAGUUAUCUGUUGAAGAGCGCUUCUCACGCAUUGACUUUUUGUACCAACCAGAUUUGUUUCCUACUAUAUUUGUCAAGCUGCAGUUGUUUGAAAAUGUCUGGUCUGGCACAAUUGAAAUAAAUCAAAGAUCUUUAUUAUGGGAUAUUUUAAAGUGUGAUUGAAUUGAAUUAAGCAGCUGAUUUUUUGGUCCACAGAGCACAGUGUCCACUUUUGUGUGGUUUUGAAUUUCAAGCCUCAUUUUGGAGCACUCUUAAAACUGUUAACAUCUUUGUUCCCCAUUGAAAGGCCUAUUAUCAUGCAUUCCUGAUUAGAACAAGCGAUUUCCCCAACGAUGUUUCUACCAAGUUUCAAGUUUUUUUCAACCUGUUUUCCAUGAAAACAACAGGCUCAUGUCAUGUUAAACGAAUAGUGUUUACAGUAGAAUGUCCACAGUUUUUAUUUUAUUUUUGACACUCGACAUCAAGUCAACUACCUUGAGUUUUAAUUGAGAAACCAAGUCCAUAAAUUUCACUUACUAAAAGUCUAACUCGGGCCGAGUCCAGGUUUUGAGUUCUUUACAAGAUUCUUACUGAUUGAUUGAAGUGUUGGUUUUUGUCGGAUACUAUUGUACCGGUAACUAAUCACAAUUUCUUUCAGUAUGUACAAGGUAUGCAAGUAUAGGUUUGUGAUGAAACCAAAAAAAAAAAAUUCUUUUCUUUCAUUUUUAUUAUCUAUUUUUAUAAACAAAUGGUUUCCUCCACUUCGCUUGCGUGAAUUUCAUUUUGAAAAUCAUGGACUUUAUUGAUGAAAAAUGUCCCAAUUUAAAAACACCCUUGCUCUUAACAGAAGUUGAUUUUGUCAAGUGAUAAUGAAGUAUUUGGUACUGAUGGUUUUUCUUCACUCAUUAUUAUUGUUGAUUAUUAUUGAAGUUGUGUUUUGUUUAAUGAGCCCCCAAGACAAUGAAAAGAAUGUGGCAUUGAAUACUUUAAUACCCAUGCCCCAUUGUAUGCAAACAUUUCAUUAAAAAAAACAACGUCAUGAAUAGAACUUUGUUAAAUUCAAUUCGUUUAACUGGAAACUAUUUGAAUAACUUCGUCAGUGGUUGUCACAGGUUUUCCAAACCAAGACCUGAAGCCAUAUUUCUAGCCCAAAAAACUAAGCAAAGCGUUAUGAAUGUUUACGAACUCGGAUAAUGUGUAAGUGGACCGAUUUUGCAUGCGUAGGUCUUUUAAAUUAACUGAAGAAAAAUUGUAAAGUAAAUACAGUGUACAUAAUUCUAUAAAUAAACAUCAUUUGCAUAACAAUGGUUACACUGUACAUGUGUCAUGCUCAUGUCUUCGAGAUGCCCAGUUGUACAAUUGGAUGUAAAAUAAAUCAAAACACACAGCUUUCUAGCAAAUGUGGAUAUGAA